AUGGCCUACUUUUCUAGCUCAUCUCAUCAUGAAGGACAGAGUACUUCUCGUCCACCUUAUUUUGAUGGUACUAACUACAGUUACUGGAAAGCUAGAAUGAAUAUCUAUCUUAUGCAGGAUUCAAGUCUUAUGCAAGCUAUUAAGAAAGGAGUCACCUUGGCUGACAUGGAAAAGAUAGACAAAUGGACAGCUGGAGAGAGAAUGAGUAUGGAGACAAAUGCAAAAGCAAUGAACACAUUGAUUUGUGCACUAUGCCCAGAGGAAUUCAACCGAAUAUCAACAUGCAAAACAACAAAGGAAAUUUGGGAUAAACUGGAGGUAACUCAUGAGGGUACAAACCAGGUAAAAGAAACAAAAAUAAAUAAUCUGGUUCAUGACUAUGAAUUAUUUACUAUGAAAGAAAAUGAAUAUAUUAAAGACAUGUACACCAGAUUUAAUGAUAUUGUUUCAACUUUAGAGUCUCUAGGAAAAACUUUUACAAAUGGUGAAAAAGUUAGGAAGAUUCUAAGAAGCUUACCUAGAUCAUGGGAUCCUAAAGUCACUGCUAUUACUGAGGCAAAAGAUUUAGACAAACUUGAAUUUGAUAAUCUACUAGGAUCACUAAUGACUCAUGAAAUCAUGAUGAAAUGAAGUGAUAAUGCUGAACCAAAGAAAGAUAAGAAUGUAGCCUUUAAAGUUGAAAAAGAAGAAAAAGACUCUCAGGACAGUGAAGA